CUUCAAACUUUCUCAAUCAAAAAAAAAUGUCGGGCCGUGGAAAGGGAGGACAGGGUUUGGGCAAAGGAGGAGCCAAGCGUCACAGGGAGGUUCUGAGAGACAACAUCCAGGGAAUCACCAAGCCGGAGAUUCGGAGAUUGGCUCGUAGAGGUGGAGUCAAGCGUAUCAGUGGUCUCAUCGACGAGGAGACGCGUGGCGUCCUCAAGAUCUUUUUGGAGAACAUUAUCCGUGUUGCCGUCACCUACACCGAGCACGCCAGGAGGAAGACGGUAACUGCCACGGACGUUAUCUACGCGCUGAAGAGGCAAGGGAGGACGCUUUACGGUUUUGGCGGUUAAGGGCAUUUUAAAUUCCCGUUUUGCGUUUCUGUGUUUCUUUUUUGGAUAUUUCUAGCCAAAUCUUGUUUUCCUUAGCGUUUGCGUUUGAAUUAUGUUUGGGUACGGCGUUUAUGUGUUGCGGUAGUGUUUCGUUUUAUAUGUAAUUACGCCUUUUAUCCUAUGGUUGUAGCGAUGCAAUGUCAAAGUAAUCCAUGGUUAAGUU